CCCGUGCUUUUCCACUCCAGCACCAUGCCUCCAAAACGCCGCCGCUCAAGUGCUGGUGAGCGUACGGCUCACCCAGUAUCCAAAAGAACACGCACGCGGCAUUCUCUUGACCGCCUCUCGGACCUUUCAGACGAGCUCUUAAUUCGCAUUCUGCAUGACCUUCCCAUCUCCUCCCUCCUGCGAUGUCAGCGACUCUCCCACCGCUUCUAUAGACUUGCAGGAGACGCCCAAAUAUGGAAAAACCUGUAUUAUAAUCGUUUUGUGCUCCCGCGUGCGCUGAGAAUACCAGGCAUGCGGACAGCUCCAGAUGAAGCACUACAUUUCUCUUCAAGGAGGAGUAAAUGGCUGGAUGAUAAUACAUUAUUAAAUCGCAAAGAAGGCGAAGAGACCAACUGGAAGAGACAAUAUAAGUUGAGGUACAAUUGGAGUGUGGGGGCCUGCGAAGUCCAGGAAAUCCGUGUAGCGGAUCGCCCAAGUGUUCCUUCUAUGUUGGUUCGGCUGGUCGAAGGGAUAGUUGUCACUGCGGAUAAAGAGGAUGGGUUGAGGGCUUGGGAUUUGAAGGGGAAAAAGCUUAUUGCCACUUGUUCGCUGGGAGGGGAGGGUAUUCCUACCUGCCUUGCAGUUGACGAGCAGGAAUCACGGACUGGAUCACUUGGAAUUGCCCUCGGAUUUAUGGAUGGUGGGUGGGGAACCUGGGGUCUGGAUGUUGCGGAAAAGGUAUUCAAGAGGAACUACAGACGCCCCGCCUCAAGCAAUGGGAUUCUAAGUGCGGUAGCAUACGCAAAUCCCUAUAUUCUUACGAUCACGGAACGCCAGCUGUUGUCUUUGUACUCGUUUACUGCACCGCCACCCGUAGAAGAGGACGGCGGCCUAGGUUUGGAAACUUCAGCAGCGGCAACAGAGGAACCGGCAACUCCUCCACUGCAGCUAGAAGGGUCACCUCUCGAGCAACCACCACGACCUCGCCUCCUCGCUGCGUUAAAGUCGCAUACCUCGUGGCCGCCCUUGUCCCUCUCAAUCCGCACAACCACAUCAACAAUAAUCGCCUCAAUAGCCUACUCCCUCCCCACCUACCUCUCAGGGUACACCAUCGGCUUGCAAGAACUACACCUCUCCCCAGUCACCGGCCUCAUAAAAUCCUCGCGCCUCACCUCCGCUCUUCCGCAAGGAUUCUCCUCUUUGCUCUCCCCAUCCACUUCUUCGCCAUCUUCAGGAACCUCAACCCCGACCCAGAUAGUCUCCUCCAACGGACUUGGAGGGGGGUCCCGCCCAACUACACUAAGCUAUUCCCACCCCUACAUCCUCGCAACACACCCGGACAACACACUCACACUCUAUCUCUGCACCUCGACAGCCUCAUCGCUCGCCAUUACCCCAGGAACUAGGUUGUGGGGCCACACGUCCUCUGUCUCUUCUGCGGAGAUAACGCCAAGAGGAAAGGCGGUUAGCGUUAGUACUCGAGGCAACGAACUGCUUGUCUGGGAAUUAGAAGGUGGGUUGAGUUCGAGUUCAGGCUCGUCCUCUGCGUCCCAAUCGAAUAUUUUCGCCUCGGGGAAGAGGGGAAAGAGGUUAGAGGAUAGGAGUGUGAGGGUCAGGCCAGAAGCGAAAUCCACGACGUCGUUAAGGGGGAAGGGAGAGAUAGAGGGAGGGAGGGAAACGCAGAGAGAGAGAUAUGAAGAGGAGAUCGAAGAGAGGAAGCGGUGGGUGGGCUUUGAUGACGAGAUGGUAAUUGUGUUGAAAGAGAGCGGGACAGGAACGCAGGCAUUGAUAGUUUAUGAUUUCACUUGAUUGACGAAAUGGUUCACUUCUCGUCUUCAAUCAUACCAUAGUAUCAUUGAUAGGUAUCUAGAAAUCUAGAACAGCGUUUUAAGAAGGGAAGAUUUAGAGAAUAUUCAGAGAAUGGGAGGUGGUUGACUGAAUGAUUAAAUGUGGGGGUGUUUGUUG